AAUAUGUUUUUUUGCUAUAUUUUUCUGCAAUAUGUUUUGUUGCAUUUUCUAUAACCUGUUUUGCUGUUGCAUUUUUUUGCAAUCUUGACUGCUUUUGCUUCUACAUUUUUGCUACAUUUCCCCAGCUGUUUUCUGCACUGUUUUUAAACCAGAAAAUUCUGUAUUUUCCCCAGAAAAAUUUUGCAUUUUGCUGCAUUUUUCCUUGCUGUUUUUGGCAUUGUUUUUUCCCCUGAAUUUUUCUGCCAUUUGCCAAGUUUUGUUGCUCCUUGCCAAAAAUGUUUGGUAGGUCAGCUGUCAUCUUUGGAAAUUUAUAUAUGACUAUGCGUGUGAGUUAUAUAUAUAUAUAUAUUAGUAAGGUUUUGGUGGGUAGAAUGGCAAGAGGAGAUAGGGAGAAAUUGUUCCUUUGGGAUAGAACUUGGUGCUAGAAUUAAAGAUCAAUUUUAGUUGAAUGAGGCAUGCUGUGACCCUGUUGUUCUUGAUUAUGAAAUAGGUUCUAAGUCACCACUAUCUCCUUGAAACCUUAAAUACUUACUACUGUAAGCCUACAAGAAGAGGUAAGUAAAAGUAUGGUAAUGCCUUUGGAUUUGAGGUAAAGGUUUUUGAAAGCAUAUUUCUGAUGAUUUUUGAAAUGGUUGCGGGAUUAAACCCGUUUUACACAAACAAGAGCAUGAUCGAUUUAAAAUGAAAUUAUUAUCAUUUUCAUUGAGUUGAGCAUGCUUACUUGGAGUUUACUUAACUGCCUUGAUGAUCUGGAAAUUAUUUGUAAAUUAUGAUUUUUCUGUUAAAUCCUGCUUGGUUUUGUCUCCAAUAUGGUCAUGUUUUACUGUGCUCGCUAGUGGGAGCUUUAUAAACCCUAGCACAUAUCGACAUAUAUUUCUAGGAACCAAUUCAUCCUGUAUUCAUGCUAGUGGGAUAAUACACUGGUUACUACUAUGCCCACCAGUGGGAGGUUUAUAAGCGUUGGCCAUGACCUACAGAGGAGAUGUCUAUUUCAUUCCCGUACUUGUACAUAUUUUUCUUGAUACAUGAUUACACUUGUUGGCAUGGUAAAAAUUUUAAUUAAGG